AAUUCCAAAUUUCUCCCGCGCAGGACGGGCGGGAAGACGAAACCGCCGCCUGCCGGAGUGGAAAGGGGAAAAACCCGCCGCCAUCGCAUCGCACCCCACCCCACCCCACUCAUCCGAUUUCGAUUCGAUUCGCCGGUGACGCCCGCAGCGGAGGGGAUGUCGAGCUCCUUUUCCUUCCCGAAGUAUAAGCCGACGGAGAUCGUGGACGCGCUGCAGAUCUACGGCAUCGCGCCGACCGCCACCUUCCAAGCCGAUGAUGUCGCAAACCCUCGGCCCGGCCUCGUCGCCGAAGUCCUCGAACUCUUUAUCGCCAACUUCCUCUGCGAAGAGCCCGACGAGCAGCUACAGCUCCAGGCGCUGCAGGUGCUCGACAUCCCGGAGCACCAAAUGCACCCUCUACAGUUCUCGCGGAUCUACAAGAGGGCCAACGCCUUCCUCCAGUCCAUCCAGUUCCGGGACCUCAAUCUCCGCGACCUCCUCCGCGCCGAUGGCCCCCGUGUCGUCCACAUCCUCAGCGCCCUCAUCAAUUUCCUCCACUUCAGGCACGACAGGAUCAGCGUCCUCGCCCUCAUCGUCCAAGAGUACGAAGCGCUUGAGGAACGGCAGAAGGAGCUCAGGGCUAAGAUCGCCGAGCUUCAGAAGACGAACGAGGAGCAUCUGCUUAAGGAGCAGAUGGAGGCGCCCGUGGUCCAGCAGCUCGAGAAGGAGGUCAAUGACCUCAAGCAUAGGCUUCAUGAUUACAACAGAGAGCAGCUGUCGAUGCGCAAUGCAUCCAAAGCCUUGGACGAAAAGAGAGAGGAGAUACUCAGGAAGAUCAAGCAGGCUGAUUUUGAGUUGGUGAAAGUUAUGCAAGAAAAACAAAAUCUAUCUGCCAAAAUUGUUCAUUCCCCUGAAAAGCUCCAGAGGAACCUUGAGGAGAAGAAAACAGUCCGUGAUGAGUUGAAGAACUUAGAGAAGAUGACAAUGCAGAAAGUCCAAGAGAAAACCAAUACUCUUGAGAUGUAUACUAAGGUUUCUGAGAAACUAACAAAGCAUCUCUCUAAAAUUUCUGCUGUACUUGAAAAGAGUGCUGCUGCUAAAGCUUCUGAGAAGGAUUUUAAAGCACACAAAGAGAAGAUUGGUGAUCAAAAUUUGGAGAUAAAGGCACUUCGCAAUGAAGCUGCUGAAUGGCAAAUGAAAGUACUCGAGAACGAGGCCAAAGUGAAAGCAAAGGAGAAAGAAAGGGAUCAAAGAGUUGGAGAGCACAAUCGGAAGAUGACUGCAUUGAAAUCUGAAGUUGAAUCGGAGCAGAAGUGCCUUGAGGAGAAAGAAAGAAAAAUAAAGGAAACGAUUGACAAGGGUUCUGAAUUAUGCUUUCAAGCUGAUUCGGUUGCUGAAGCUGGAAGGAAGAAAAUAGAGGAAAUCUAUGGGAAGUAUGAUCAAGUUUGUGAGGCGUCUAAGGAGUACAUGGAUGGCUUGGAUCAAUCCUUGGAAGAGACUGAUGAAGCUGCAGUGAUGUUGAACACUAUAUAGCCCAGAGUGGCGCUUGAUGUGGUAAAGUGACCAUCGGGCAAUUUUGUCGUGGACAAUUAGCAUAGUAUAAUUGUGCUAGUGUGCGGCUUUGUGUAUAUAUACCUGCACUGGAUCGUGUCGUGUGUGGUCACUUUUGCAUCUCGUUUCAUGUUGCUCUGAUCGUGUGUGGUCAGUCAAACGCGUCUGUACUAGUUUGCCAGUGAAAACGGAUAUGUUAGCCGGUGAUGAGGCCUGGA